GUUCCCUUUUGCUUCAUGUACCAAAACCAGAAGCUAGCCAACCAAGCAGGAGCGUUUACACCACCACCUAGGACAGCAGGAAACGGGGGCCUAUGGUGCUGUCCUGUAGCUGAGGGCGAGGAGCGAGCAAUGGCGCCGCUGGCGGGGGGAUGCGGCGGCGAAGGGACGCUCGCGAGGUGGCGGAGGGCGGCGGCCAAGCGGAUCGGCCUCUCCUGCGCCUCCUUCUUCUCCUCCCACGCCGCCUCUCCCUCCCCGCCGCCUCCCAAGACUAUCUCAUGCUCAGCAGUGAAUACGCCUGCAGACAGCAGUGAUGAAGACCAGGAAAAGCUGGAGGAGCCGACCAGCACUAGAUUGGCUGACAAGAACUUCUGUGCAAUAUGCCUGGAGACCCUAAGCACCAGCAGCAAUGAUAUUCACAACGGUGACAGGCCAGCGAUCUUCACAGCCCAAUGCUCCCACUCUUUCCACUUCUUGUGUAUUGCUUCCAACAUCCGGCAUGGUAAUGUUACAUGCCCUAUCUGCCGUGCACAGUGGUCUCAGCUGCCGCGUGAUCUGAAGGUGCCACCAUUGCUGCACAACCAAUCUGAUCCAAUCCUUCGCAUCCUUGAUGACAACAUUGCGACAUCUCGUGUCAACAGAAGGUCUUCCAUCCGUGCUACCCGCUACAACGAUGAUGACCCUGUUGAACCUUACACUCUGACCGAGCAUGUGGACCCAUGCCUUCGCUUUGCCCUUAUCCCGUCUCCAGUGGUAGCUCACCACCAUGUUCUCGGACAUUACCCCUGUGGACGGAUGAUGCCACUACAACAACACUGCCAGUACAGCAGCUCCUCCAUGCUUUCACCAACACAGGUUGCUUCGCCAAGUGCGCAAAGGCGUGCUUACCUCUCGGUCAGUCUAGCUCCACAACCAGCCAUGGACUUGGUCUUGGUUGUGAGCCCUAAUGGGCCACAUCUGAGGCUGCUGAAGCAGGCAGUGGCACUUGUUGUCUUCUCUAUGCGGGCAAUUGACCGGUUAGCCAUCGUCAGUAAUGCAACUACUGCAACCCGUGCCUUUCCCUUGCGCCGGAUGUCCUCCCAUGGAAAACGAAUGGCAUUGCAGGUCAUUGAACAUCUGUGUGCUGUCGGUGGAACUGAUCCAGUAGGGGCUUUGCAGAAGGGUCUGAAGAUACUAGAGGACCGGGCACACCAGAAUCCAAGCAAAUGCAUCCUUCACCUCUCUGACAAUCCAAUCCGUGGUUAUGUUGGGGUAGACAUGAACACUUCAAGCAUCCCGGUUCAUCAGUUCCACGUGGGGCUCGGUUUCGGGGUGCAGAAUAGCUUCGUCAUGCAUGAAUUUGAGGAACUCCUAGCACGGCUGCUUGGCGGCGUCAUAGGCGACACCCAGCUAAGGAUAGGGGAGCAUGGUGGAGUGGUGAGGCUAGGGGAGCUGAGGGGUGGUGAGGAGAGAAGGAUCCCACUUGACCUAGUGUCUGAAUGUGGCUUCGUACUGGUUGGUUACAGCUACCUGGAGGGUGGAAGAGAGGAGCAACCAAGGACAGGUGAAGUUGCUGUUGGGUUCGAAGAGAAAGGCGACAACCGCUACCAUGGGGUUGGAGACAUGGGGCCGAGUAUCAGUGGCGAGAGGAGGAGUAGCUGCUGCGCCGAGAAUUGGGACCACCUUGACCCGUUCAUGGCGCGACGAUGGGCGAAGCAUUUCAAUGUGUACAGAGCCUGAGUAACUAAGAGAUGAUGGAGGGCCUUGAUGAUCAGCUGAACAAGUCUGGUUACCAGUUCGGCAAAAUAUGAUUCUUGUUGGUUCAUUUUUUAUUUUUAACAUUCCUGCAAGCAAAGCAUCUCAGGGCAGCGUUUGCUAUUCUUUUUCAUGGCUUUUGUUGUGGAUCUGAGUUCAUGCUAUUCAUUCAUAUGUGUGCAAAGCUUUUAUGCUGUUCCCAAAUGUGUUUGUCUGAAUCAAAUCAAAAUGUGAACAGAAGCUCCAGAACGAAAGAUUAUCCAUGUCAAGAAGUGACUUGCCAUUCUUCAGAAGCCA